AUGAAUAUAUGGACAUCUUCUGGUGAUAGAUUAUUUACUCGUUCUAAAGUUCAUCAUAGUGAACCAAUUUUGUGUUACGCAUUAAAUCGUUCUGGUACCAUGUUAAUUACAGGCUCUAUGGAUUGUUCUUUAAAGAUUUGGCAAAUGGAUACUGGGGGGUUACUUAUACAGAUUUUGGUUGGCCAUGAAGAAGUCCCAACUUGUUGUUGUGUUAGUGAAAAUGGUCAAUUAGCAGUUAGUGGUGCUAAAGAUUUAGAUCAGCAAUUCCCCAAUUUAUGGAAAUUAGUCUUGAUGGGAAUGUUUUUUGUUCGAAAGGUCCAUAUUUCUAUUUUUUUCCAUUUUUUAUGUGGACAAGAUGGUUGGAUAGAAGCUUGGAAUACUCCAACUGGAAGAUUAUUGAGUUCAUUCAAUACACACCGAGAAAUUGAACAAUUAAUUGUUGGGGCUGAUGGGGAUAGAAUACUUGCAAAAUUGGCAAAAACGGCCCAACUUCCAAUAAUUUGUCUCCACAAUACCCCAGCCAGUUUAUCUUCAACUUCAGCCAGUCGUUAUGAACGUGUAAUUUUAAGUGGAGGUAUUGAAGGAGAAGAAGAAAAUGGACAUAGAAAAAGUUUAGUUCCUUCAUUUCAAUCUUCCACAACUCCUCAACCUUUAAAUUUAGAAGAAGAAGGAAAUAAUGAAGAAAGAAAAAGUUCAAUUACUCCAAUAAAUUCCUCAAAUAGAGAUAAAGAAGAACAACAAAUAAAACCUUCAACAAGUGAUCAACAACAACAAUUAAUAAAUAAAAAAGAAAAUAAAAAUUCUUCUUCAAAAGAAACAAUUUAUGCUGCCCCUCCAAGCGAAAUAAAUAUUAAAGAAAAAGAAAAUAAUUCUCAAAAAAGGAAUAUAAAUUCUUCAACUCCAAGAAGACACCAACAACAACAUUCUUUAAUUAAAAAACAAAUUAGUUCUUCUAAUCCAGAAUCUACAAUACAAGGGGGGCCAAUAUCUACUUUAGAUCAAAAAAGGAAUUUAAAUAAUAUUAAAAAAUCGAAAUUUUGUUUAAUUAUGUGA